UGCCAGGGCGAAGAAGUAGGACAUGCUGGGAUACAAUACAACCAGCAAGUCGUGGCGGCUAUGGGACCCGGCGGAACCACUCAAAAUUACAAACUCUGCUGAAGUGUCAUUCCGCGAGGUAGAUGCCCGCGACGUCGCUCGCCCCGUGCACGGGUCUGGCCCAUGUCCCGAACAAGGCCAGAUUUUCCAGCCCGGCAUUAUCACUGGGGCCGAGACAAGAGACGAGGAACCAGAACCGGCAGAACCGAACGACGGACCGGACGAAGAACCGCCCGUGGUGCGCAAAAGCGGUCGAACGACAAAGCCGCGGGACCGUCUGAACCUGUUUACGACGGAGCAGGUGUUCGAAACAGAAUACGCACUGGUGAUCGGAGUGCAAGGAUUUCACGAAGCUGAGACCGGAACCGACAAUGCUGCACCGGUAGCGUCUCUCCAAGCCGUCCAUCUGAUAGUUGCGCAUGCUGCCAAGAAUGGACUUGUUCUUCGCCAAGCCGACAUCAGGACGGCGUUCCUCCACGCGAGGAUGGAACCGGGAUCGAAACCAGUGUUCCUGCUCGGUAUGGAAAUCAACCGAGACAGAGCCGCAGGGACAAUUCUUUUUGAACAGGAAGCGUAUACCAACGCAGUGUUGGACAAGUUCGGCAUGGCCGACGCGCGUCCGACGACAUCUCCGUCUGAGGUUGGACUGGUGUCCGUCGUGGAGGACGAGGUGAUGUCAGCGGAAGAUACCACAUAUUUCCGCUCCGCCACAGGCUCGCUUUUAUAUCUCAGCAGAAACUCAAACGUGUACUCAGAGUUCGUGGCUUUGUCGAAGGGGUACAACAUCAUCAAGUACUUCCGCCACCUGCUGGACACCAUAAAUCAGAUUCAGGAAGAAGCAACCGUGGUGUGGGAGGACAACUCGAGAGCUCUAAAAUUAACUCGCAGCUUCCGUAUCACCCCAAGGACUACGCACAUUGACGUAAAGUUUCACCACGUAAGGUCUCUGGUAGCUGAUGAAGUCGUAGACGUGAAGCAAAUAUCGACGUCGCUUCAGAAAGCGGAUACUUUACGAAAGGGCUAA